AUGUCGACGUGUCCGCAGUGCUACACGGGGACGUGCAAACGCCACAAGCGUCAGGACCACGGCAAGUCGCUGAUCAAGAGCGCAGAUGCGGGGUCGACGCUGCAAAAAAUGUACGACCAGCUUGUCGGCUUUAAGCUGCAGAAGCUGGAGGCCGAGGCCAAGAGAGACCCGUCCAGCCACCACACGACCGCAUAUCGCAAGCAACUGGACGCAUCACGGGACAAAUCGAUGCACUCGACGCACGAAAGGCGCUCUCAAGUGACCAGUAGCGACGGCACGGGCAGCGGGUUGAACCCACAGGCAUUCGCUGCUAUCAAUGACUGGGACUCGGACGUCUCGGACGACGACCGACGUUCAAGAAAGAAGAAGAAGAAGGAGAAGACGGCAAAGAAGGAGAAGGAGAAGAAGGAGAAGAAGACGAAGAAGACGAAGAAGAAGGAGAAAUGUCAGCAUGUACACGAGUCGAUGGGUUGUACCAAGCGACGCAGACGGAGUGACAGUAGCGACGACUCGGGCGGGAGCGACGCCAACAGUCGCGACUCCUAUCGCACACAUCAGCGGUCGUCGUCCGAUCAACAGCAUCCUCGAUAUGCUCAAGAUGGCCACGAAAAGAAGAAGUCCAAACGCAGUUGA